AUGUCUGAACAAGUAAGAGCAAAUGAACAUACAGAAACAGCUCAAAUUGGAAAUGAAUCUGCAAGCAAAUUUACAGAACAAAAAAUGAGAGAAUGUUUCAAGUCUAUUUAUGAAUCAACACGUAUUGCAUCUGAAAUACACGUAUUGGAGAAUAAAUUAAACUCUUUAACUGGAAUCAGACAGAAAUUAUGUUCUAGUAAUGACAACAAACCUUUAGCUGGAUUAAACACUAUGAAUAGUACCAUUAACGAUUUAGAGAUGGAAAUCAAACAAAAAGAAAAUGAUAUGAGAAAAGCUGAAAAUUAUAUAAUUAGCAGUUGUCAACAAAUAUGUGAUAAUGUACUCGAAGCUUCUAAAAAAAAUGCCUUAACAAUCUCAAAUAUGACACAAUCUUUUUUAGAAACUUUCAGUAAAAGUGUAUAUGAAAAGAUAGAUAAUAAGAUUUCAUCAACUCAAAAAAUUAUUGAAAUCAUUCAAAAGGAAAAAAUGGAUGUUGCUGAAAAGGAAAAUAUGUUGCAAUCACUUGAAGCAUUCAAGACUCAACUCAAGGAUGUUCAAAAAAAUACACUUCGAUCUAUGGGGACUAUGCUUACUAGCCGUUUUAAAGAAUUAUCAGACACAUUUGAUAAGAAAAGAGAGGAACUAAAUGCUGAACGACUAAAGAAUGAAGUGCAAAAUAAAAUAAUGUCUAUCUUGGAUGAUAAAUUUAAAAAAUUCCUUGAAGAAGCUAAAAAACAAAAUGAAAUGGCAUCAGCGAAAGAAAGUGACAUUUUGGUUCCUGAUCAAGUGUUACAGAUUGUAAAGAAAGAAAUCAUGGAACAAGUAGGCCCUACUAAUUUACAGAAAAUUAUUACCUCUUUACCUGAAUAUCAAGCAUUAAAAGAGAUGCAACAAGAAUUGACUUUUUCUGAGGGAAAGCAAUCUAUUCCUGCUGAUCUUGAGGCUGUCAAACAAAGAAUUCAGGAAUUAACAUCAGAAAUUAUUGAUUUAAAACAAGUAUUUAAUUCUACUCGUGUCAUCCUGGAUACAUUUAAAAAUCAAAAUGUAUCUAGUACUCAUAACGAUCCUAACAUCACAGCACUCACUUCCUUUGACCAAACAGCAGCCCUUAAACGUAUGGAAGACGUCUUGAAAGAAAUUUCAUUAAUUCAUAAUAAUAUCAAGAUGAUUGAAACUGUCGUGAGCGUUAAAGCAAAGGCAGUUGAAGAUAAUCAUCAUUUACAGCCUAGAAAGAGACAAAGAAUAGAUGAUAUCACAGAGGAUACGGAUGAAACCAGUAAUGCUGCUAUCCUUGCUCGAUUAGUUGAUAUCGAAACAAAACAUCAAAAACUACUGGAUUUCAUUUUACAACGUAAAGAUACUGUCUUGGAUGACAUGUUCCCUACACGUUUAGAAGCUGCUAUGAAAAAGAUUGAAAAAGUGUUACUUAAUCAUGAAACAUUUAUUUCUUAUUUAAUUGAUCCUUUUACAACUUCAAAAAAAUUACAAAUGACUUCAAUCCCUACAAAUACAAACCUUGAAUCUAGCACUCUCAAUCCAGCUUUAUUAGAUGCUAUCUCACAACUCAUUAAACAAAAAGCAGAAGAAAUUGCCCUUCCUCUUCAUCAAAAAAUUAAAUCUUUGGAAGAAAAGUUGGAGCAAAGGAAAUAA